UAGGCUAGGGAAUCUGGGAAUGUAUGAAGAAAAGAAAGAGGCUGGCGACCGGAACAAGGCGGGGCAACAUUGAUAGAUGGAGCACGUAGACCAGUAGAUAGCGGGGAAAAACUAGAAGAAGAAUAUAAUAUCAAGUAGCCAGAUAUGGGUUUUCCUGUAAAAAAACUUUGGUUGGCAGCAGCUUCAUCAGCUGGUGUUAAGGAUGGUAAACGAGGUGCGAGGACAGGGCUUUUGAAGCUCCGUGAUGAGAUACAGAGUUGUGGGUACGAGGAUGUUCAAGUGAUGUGGGAUAUGAUGAUGAGAACAACAGAAUCCAAGUUGAUGAUCACUACCCCUCUUCCACAUGACAAUAACAAUAAUAACAACAACAACAAUAACAAUAAGCCGCCUAAACAGAGACCAUUUUGGAGAGUUUUUGUCUGGUCGUCGUCCAACCACAAAACUAGUCAAUCAGCUGCACUCUAAAAAUUUGCCAAAUAAACCUGGCUGGCUAGCUCCGAUCCUAAACUCAGAAUGAAAGAAAUGACAAAACAAACACCUCCUAUCCGAUUCUCUGAAGAAGAAUGUGUAUCAAUAUCGUUUCUAGUUUGUAUCCCCCCGGACUGGAGAAGAACAGUCUUGUAAAUAGAGUAUGCUACUGCAGUAUAUCAUAUAUGCAUGCAUGUGUUGCGGAGUACUAUUUCAUAUGGGUAAGUGUAACGGUAUAUUUA